AUCUUAAUUCCGUGUUGGGGAUUUUCUUUAAAAAAUUGAAUGGUUUACAAAAAUAUCAGCAUUUUGUAUUCGAAGCAGCGCGACCUGAUAUUGUCAAAGCCCAACUGAUUGCUAAUGGUGCUUUUACUGAAUUUAAUUUAUUGAAAAGCAGAAAAGCAAGCGUUUCUGAAAUUAUCAAAGAAAUUAAAUCCUUUUCUGUUUUAGUUCUAACUCCGCCUCCUUUGGAUUACAAAAGACAAGAAUAUCUUAAUAUUCGCCCAUUUGUUAGAGACGAAUUCAAGGAUAUUACUUGUCCCAAACCAAUCUAUACUGAUAAUGAAUAA